AUGUGGCACGGGCGUUUUGAGUACAGCUGGAAUGUUGAGGCUAUUGUAGGAGGGCAACACCCUCCCUGUGCGCUUUCCCCACCACACGAACUCGUCGAUAUAGAAGAUGUUGCAUUGUUGCAUGUCGCCGCGCUCACGCAGCCUGACGUCCAAAACGAGGGUAUCAUCGCCAUGACAUUUCACUACACCUACAACAAGACGCUCGACAUCUUCCGAAAGCUGGCCCCUAAUCACACAUUUGCUGAGCAAGUAGACGAGGUGCUGGACAACGGAACGGUGGCUAACGGUCGUGCUGAAGAGUUACUCAAGUAA